AUGAAAUUACUUGCCUUGCUUUUUGUCUGCUCCAGGCUGCUACCAAGUUUAACCCAGGAGUCCUCACAAGAAAUCGACUGUGAUGACGAGGACUUAUUUAAGGCGGUGGACACUGCGCUGAAGAAAUAUAAUAGUAGAAAUCAAAGCGGCAACCAGUUUGUGUUGUACCGUGUAACUGAGGUCGUCAGGACGGAUGACCCUGACACGUUUUAUUCCUUCAAGUACCAUAUCAGGGAAGGAAAUUGUUCUGUUCAAAGUGGCAAAACCUGGCAGGAUUGUGACUACAAAGAAUCUGCACAAGCUGCCACAGGAGAAUGCUCCGCCACGGUGGGGAAGAGAGGGAAUAUGAAAUUCUCCGUGGCUACGCAGACCUGCCAGAUCACUCCAGCCGAGGGCCCUGUGGUGAGAGCUCAGUAUGAUUGCCUUGGCUGUGUGCACCCCAUCUCGACUGCGAGCCCUGACCUGGAACCCGUUCUAAGACAUGCCAUUGAACAUUUUAACAACAACACGGAUCAUUCCCACCUCUUUGCUCUUAGAGAAGUGAAAAGGGCCCACAGACAGGUGGUGGCUGGAUGGAACUAUGAAAUUACUUACUCAAUUGCGCAAACGAAUUGUUCCAAGGAGAAUUUUCUAUUCUUAACUCCAGAUUGCAAGUCCCUUUUGAAUGGUGAUAUCGGUGAAUGUACAGAUCACGCCCACAUGGAUCUUCAGCUAAGAAUUGCUUCUUUCUCGCAGAAGUGUGAACUCUAUCCAGGGGAGGAUUUUGUGCAACCACCGUCCAAGAUUUGCCCUGGCUGCCCCAGAGAUAUACCGGUCAACAGCCCAGAGCUGGAGGUGGCUCUGAAUCAUUCCAUCAUGAAGCUUAAUGCAGAGAAUAAUGGAACUUUCUAUUUCAAGAUUGACAGUGUGAAAAGGGCAACAGUACAGGUGGUGGCUGGAGAGAAAUUUUCUAUUGUGUUCAUAGCCAGGGAAACCAUGUGUUCCAAGGAAAGUAACGAAGAGUUGGCAGAAAGUUGCCAGAUCAAUAAAUACGGACAAAUCCUAGAAUGUAAAGCCGAAGUUUUUGUGAUACGUUGGGAGAAAAAAAUUUACCCUACUGUCAACUGUCAGCCACUGAAAAAGAUCAUAUUGAUGAAAAGGCCUCCAGGUUUUUCACCUUUCCGAUCAGUACCCUUGGAGAAAACAGAAGAAGGAACAACUGUAAGUCCACCUCACGCUUUCAUGGCACCUGUACAAGAUGAAGAGCGGGAUUCAGGAAAAGAACAUGGACACACUCAUGGGCAUGGCUGGGGCCAUUACAAGCAAAUAAAACAUGGCUUUGGCCAUGGCCAUAAACAUGAGCAUGACCAAGGCCAUGGGUACCACAGGGGACAUGGCCUUGGCCAUGGACAUCAAAGGGAACAUGGCCUUGGUCAUGAACAUCCACAGGAACUUAACUAUGAUCUUGAACACCGAGGGAGACAUGGCCUUGGCCAUGGACAUCAAAGGGAACAUGGCCUAGCCCAUGGACAUAUACAUGAACAUGGCCAAGGCCAUGGAAAGUAUAAAAAUAAAAGAAAAAACAAUGGAAAGCACAAUGGUUGGAAAACAGAGCAUUUGGCAAGUUCUUCUGAAGCUAGUACUACGUCUUCUGCACAGACACAAGAGAAGACAGAAGGGCCAACACCCCUCCCUUCCCUAGCCCAGCCUGAUACAGCGGCUACUGUGCCUGACUUUCAGGACUCAGCUCUCAUUGCAGCCAUGAUGCCUACGCCACCAGCUCCCACAGAGAGUGAUGAUGAUUGGAUCCCUGACAUCCAGAUAGAGCCAAAUAGCCUUUCAUUUAACCUAAUAUCUGACUUUCCAGAAAAAACCUCCCCCAGAUGUCCCGGGCGCCCCUGGAAGCCAGUUAAUGGAAUGAAUCCAGCUGUGGAAGUGAAAGAAUUUCAUGAUUUCGAUCUCACUGAUGCUUUGUUUUAAUUUAUGCCGCCAUGAGUCUUUAACACUUCAUCAUUCCUCUCCCCAUUGUCUAAAUAUCCUGAUAUAACACAACAAAAGCCCUGAAGCUUCAGAACAGCUUAGAGAGAAGGGGUGAGACUCCCAAUGGGGACACCGUCAAUCUCUAUGGACGAUGUAAAACUGUGUGCAGAAUCCUAAAUUUCCUCUGGGUCUUCCUCGCAAGUUUUCUUAUCUAACACAGAAAAUGGACAAACUCAUGUGCCUUAUGGCCUAUUGCAAUUUGCUUUUCUGACAACAAAUGUGUACC